UUUUUUUUUGUUUUAUUACUAAUUUAAAAAGGUAUACGCCAUGUUCGUACCUUCUAUUGAUCUUUCUGAUCCUUCACAGGCUCCCCUUUAUUCUUCAUUGGCUUAUUUUUCUUCUGUCAUUCUUCAAAACGGCCAUGUUGAUCAAAUCAAAUCGCUCAUUAACCAAACUGGUUCUACAUUCUAUUGGGCACCCGCCAAGUCUCUCGAAGAAGCUAUUCAACUUUGGGAUAUUGGUGUCCUCAAGGUCAUAUUUGAAUUAGAUCUCUAUACUCAAAUCAAGUCUGAACUUGAUGGUCUUGUUACUAGUGAUCGUGUAGCAGUUCAUGCUCAAUCAACUGCCAAUUUGGCCGAUGCUCAAGAAUCUGUUUCUACUUAUAUUUUAUCUGCUGACGCUGAAACGGAUAUCGAAUCUGUCAAAGCUUGGGCUACUUUUACUAAGGAUUCCUUACUGAAGCCUCAGGGUGGUUGUGUUACUACAGUAUUAGAAUUAACAAAUCCUACUAUUGAUAAAAUUGCUGAAUUGGGUAAGGAUCAUAUUGACGUAGUUGUACCCGCUUGUCGUCUUACAACAGCUGAUAACAACGAUCAAUUGAAUAUUGCCGAGGCAUUUUUGGCUACUGCCAAAACGGAUCGUCCUGAUGGUCUCUAUACGACUUUGGUCGUUGAUGAAUUUAACAAGGCCUUGGGAAUUGUUUACUCUAGUAAGGCAAGUGUAGCUGAGGCCAUUCGAUUGGGUCAAGGUGUUUAUCAAAGUCGUGGUCGUGGACUUUGGCAUAAGGGUUUGACAUCUGGUGCUACACAAACCUUAAAGCAUAUUGAUUAUGAUUGUGAUGGUGAUGCUUUACGUUUUGUUGUUGAGCAACACGGUGCUGGCUUUUGUCAUUUGAAUACACGCACAUGUUUUGGUGCUGAUUCAGGUAUUUCAGCACUUGAAAAGACACUCAAAGCUCGCAAGGUGAAUGCCCCCGAGGGUUCAUAUACAGCACGUUUGUUCAAUGAUUCAAAGUUAUUAUCUGCUAAAAUUAUGGAAGAAGCGGAUGAACUUUGUCAAGCUGUUACUAAAGACGAUGUUGCAUGGGAAGCUGCUGAUUUAAUCUAUUUUGCUCUCACUAAAUGCGUCUCUGCUGGCGUUUCACUUGCUGAUAUUGAAGCUAAUUUAAAUAAGAAGGCUAGAAAGGUCACACGUCGUCCUGGUAAUGCCAAACCUCAAUGGCAAGUACAAAAUGCAAAUACAACCGCAAGUGCAGUUGCUACAAGUACCACGACGACUUCAUCUGUAGCUGCUAAUAGAGUCGACCCUAUUGAAUCUACAGAUCGUAUUGAGAUGAUGAAGUUUACAUUAGAUGAUAUCACUGAAGAAAAGCGUCGUGAACUCUUAUUACGUCCUAUUAUUGAUUCAACUGAAAUUAUCAACCGUGUCACACCUAUCAUGCAACAAGUACGUCAAGGUGGUGAUUCAGCUGUUCUUAAUUUCACACGUCAAUUUGAUCGUGUCGAAUUAGAUUCUGUUACUAUCAAGGCACCUUUUGAUCCUGCUGCUAUGGAAAUUGAUCCUAUCACAAAACGUGCUAUUGAUCAUGCUUACGAUAAUAUUUAUAAAUUCCAUGAAGCUCAAUUAGAAAAGGAAACAUUGGUUGUCGAAACAAUGCCUGGUGUUGUUUGUUCAAGAUUUUCAAGACCUAUUGAGCGUGUUGGUUUGUAUGUACCGGGUGGUACUGCUGUCUUGCCAUCUACUACCCUCAUGUUGGGUAUUCCAGCCAAGGUGGCAGGAUGUAAAGAGAUCGUGGUUGCCACACCACCUAGAGCAGAUGGUUCUAUUGUUCCUGAAGUUUUAUAUGUAGCUCAUAAAAUCGGUGCCUCUCAUGUUGUUAAAGCAGGUGGUGCUCAAGCUGUGGCCGCUAUGGCAUACGGUACCGAAACAGUGCCUAAGGUCGACAAGAUCUUUGGUCCUGGUAACCAAUAUGUUACUGCUGCUAAGAUGGUUGCACAAAACGAUACAUCCUGCUUGGUCUCCAUCGAUAUGCCAGCUGGCCCCUCUGAAGUCCUUGUGAUUGCCGAUAUGACCUCUAACCCUGCUUACGUAGCUGCUGAUCUUUUGUCACAAGCUGAACACGGUGCUGAUUCUCAAGUUGUCUUGUUGGCUGUUGAUCUUACAGAUGAGCACAUGAAGCAAAUUGAAGAAGAAGUUCACAAUCAAGCCAUUGCCUUACCUCGUUGUGACAUUAUUCGUAAAUCCAUUCCUCACUCAUAUAGUUUACGUGUCAAGACACUUGAAGAAGCUAUGAGAUUUAGUAAUGAUUAUGCACCUGAGCACUUGAUUUUGCAUCUUGAAAAUGCCUCCAAGGUUUUGGACUUGGUAGAUAACGCAGGCUCUGUCUUCGUAGGUCCUUAUUCACCCGAAAGCUUUGGUGAUUAUGCUUCUGGUACAAACCAUACCUUACCCACCUAUGGUUACGCACGUAUGUAUUCUGGUGUCAACACAAAUGGUUUCGUCAAACAUAUUACAUCACAAGAAUGUACAGCUCAAGGCAUGAAUGAUUUGGCAGAUACAGUGAUGCGUUUGGCAGAAAUCGAAGGUUUGGGAGCCCACCGUAAUGCUGUUGCUGUGCGUGUCAAAGAUAUCAGAAAAUAAGUGUAUCAUUCUUAAAAACUGAAUAAAAGAGCAAACUUGUAGUUUUUUUUUUAUUAGU